CGGGCGGGCGGGGGGACCCCGGGCUAAUGAGAUGCUAAUAAGGAGCGGCUUGACUCCGCUGGACGCCUCGCUCCCACCGAAGCCCGGUCCCUCCCGGCAUCUCCGGCUUUCCCCGGCACCCUUUCCUUCCUCCGCCCCGACUCCGGGACACCCUCCCGCUUCCGGCCCCGAACGCCACUAGACUCUUCCCAGCCCCUCCUCUCCCCAGGAGGGGUUCCAUGGCGUCACCCACUUCCACCAACCCAGCGCACGCCCACUUCGAGAGCUUCCUGCAGGCCCAGCUUUGCCAGGAUGUGCUAAGUAGCUUCCAGGGUCUCUGUGGGGCUCUGGAUGUGGAGCCUGGUGGGGGCUUGUCCCAGUACCACAAGAUCAAGGCUCAGCUCAACUACUGGAGCGCCAAGUCGCUGUGGGCCAAGUUGGAAAAGCGAGCAAGCCAUCCUGUCUACCAGCAAGGCCAAGCCUGUGCCAACACCAAGUGCCUGGUGGUGGGCGCUGGACCUUGUGGACUUCGCGCGGCUGUGGAGCUCGCACUGCUAGGGGCUCGAGUGGUGCUGGUAGAAAAACGCACCAAGUUCUCUCGCCACAAUGUGCUCCACCUCUGGCCCUUCACCAUCCAUGACCUGCGGGCCCUUGGAGCCAAGAAGUUCUACGGGCGCUUCUGUACUGGCACGCUGGACCACAUCAGUAUCCGGCAGCUGCAGUUGCUUCUACUGAAGGUGGCAUUAUUGUUAGGGGUGGAAAUUCACUGGGGUGUCACCUUCACUGGCCUCCAGCCCCCUCCCAGAAAAGGAAGUGGAUGGCGUGCCCAGCUCCAGCCCAAUCCCCCAGCCCAACUGGCCAACUAUGAAUUUGAUGUUCUCAUCUCUGCUGCUGGGGGUAAAUUCGUUCCCGAAGGCUUCACCAUUCGAGAGAUGCGUGGCAAACUGGCCAUUGGCAUCACAGCCAACUUUGUGAAUGGGCGCACGGUGGAGGAGACUCAGGUGCCCGAGAUCAGCGGUGUGGCCCGGAUCUAUAACCAGAAAUUCUUCCAAAGCCUGCUCAAAGCCACAGGCAUUGAUUUGGAGAACAUAGUGUACUACAAGGAUGAUACCCACUACUUUGUGAUGACAGCCAAGAAGCAGUGUCUGCUGCGGCUGGGGGUCCUGCGCCAGGACUGGCCGGACACUGAUCGGCUGCUGGGCAGUGCCAAUGUGGUGCCUGAGGCUCUGCAGCGCUUUGCCAGGGCCGCCGCUGACUUCGCCACACAUGGCAAGCUCGGGAAGCUAGAAUUCGCUCAGGAUGCGCGUGGGCGGCCUGACGUGGCUGCUUUUGACUUCACCAGCAUGAUGCGGGCAGAGAGCUCUGCCCGUGUGCAAGAAAAGCAUGGUGCCCGCUUACUGCUGGGACUGGUGGGGGACUGUCUGGUGGAGCCCUUCUGGCCCCUGGGCACUGGGGUGGCCCGGGGCUUCUUGGCAGCCUUCGAUGCAGCCUGGAUGGUGAAGCGGUGGGCAGAAGGCGUGGAGCCCUUAGAGGUAUUGGCUGAACGAGAAAGCCUAUACCAGCUUCUUUCACAAACCUCCCCGGAGAACAUGCAUCGCAACAUAGCCCAAUAUGGGCUGGACCCAGCCACCCGCUACCCCAACCUGAACCUCCGAGCUGUGACCCCCAAUCAGGUACAAGACCUGUAUGACGUAGUGGCCAAGGAGCCUGUACAGAGAAAGAGUGACAAGACAGACGCAGGGAAAACGGCCACUGGGUCAGUGGGCACACAAGAGGAGCUCCUGCGCUGGUGCCAGGAACAGACGGCUGGGUAUCCUGGAGUCCAUGUCACUGACCUGUCUUCCUCCUGGGCUGAUGGGCUAGCACUGUGUGCCCUGGUGCACCACCUGCGGCCUGGCUUGCUGGAACCUUCAGAGCUUCAGGGUUUGGGAGCUCUGGAAACCACUGCUUGGGCCUUGAAGGUGGCAGAGCAUGAGCUGGGCAUUACACCAGUGUUGUCUGCACAGGCAGUGGUGGCAGGCAGUGACCCACUGGGCCUUAUCGCCUACCUCAGCCACUUCCACAGUGCCUUCAAGAGCAUGCCCAACAGCCCAGGUGACCUGGAAGGCCCCACUAGCCAGCUCUCUACCGGGACCUCCAGCGCAGUUCUAUUCCUUGGCAAACUCCAGAGAACCCUGCAGCGGACCCGGACCAAGGAAAACGGGGAGGAUUCCGGUACCAAGAAGCUUCGCUUGCAGGUAGAGGCUGAGACCCCAAGUACUGAGCAGCCAUCUGUUCCUGAGCCCAAUGUACCCCUGACACCCCCACCCCAACACCAGGAGGUUGGUACAGAGGAUGUGUGUACACUUUGUGGGGAACACCUCUACAUCCUGGAACGCUUUUGUGUGGAUGGCCACUUCUUCCACCGGAGCUGCUUUCGCUGCCAUACCUGUGAGGCCACAUUGUGGCCAGGUGGCUAUGGGCAACACCCAGGAGAUGGACAUUUCUACUGCCUCCAACAUCUGCCCCAGCAAGUCCAUGAAGAAGAUAGCAAUGAUGGAAGCCCUGAUAGCUCGGAGAUUCCUAUACCAGGUGACAGUAGCAUGCCACCAGAUCCCUCAACUCCCACAGCUCUGCCUGAAGCAGCCAGCCCUGCCCCAAGCCCCAGCCAGCCAGCCCGGCGGCUGAUCCGCCUCUCCAGCCCAGAACGCCUGCGGUUGUCCUCCCUGGCCAUUACCCCUGACGUGGACGUGAACGCUCCACCCAAGCCCCCACGCAGCUGCUCUGCCUUGGCCCUCCAGGCCUUGGAGGGAAGUUUUGUGGGUUGGGGUAUGCCAGCCCAGGGACCACAAGUUCCCAAGGCCAUGGAGCAGGGGGAAGAGAGUCCUUCCUCCAGUGAGGAGGAAGAGGAAGAGGUACCUUUGGAGUCAGACUUAGAGCAAACCCUGCUGACUCUGUCCAAGAACUCAGGCACCAUGACCAAGUACCCAACAUGGUGCCGUACCCUGAUGCGCCAUGCAAAAGAGGAGGAGAUGAAGAGGUUCUGCAAGGCCCAGGCCAUCCAGCGACGACUAAAUGAAAUUGAAGCCGCUCUACGGGAGCUGGAGGCUGAGGGCACCAAGCUGGAGCUGGCCUUGAGGAGCCAGAGUAGCUCUCCAGAGCAGGAAAAGAAACUCUGGAUAGAACAGCUGCUGCAUCUUGUCCAGAAGAAAAACAGCCUCGUGGCUGAGGAGGCUGAGCUCAUGAUCACGGUGCAGGAGCUCAACCUGGAGGAGAAGCAGUGGCAGCUGGACCAGGAGUUGCGAGGCUACAUAAACCGGGAAGAAACCCUGAAGACAGCUGCUGACCAGCAGGCUGAGGACCAGGUUCUGAAGAAGCUGCUGGACGUGGUGAACCAGCGGGAUGCCCUCAUCCGCUUCCAGGAGGAGCGCAGGCUCAGUGAGCUGGCCUCAGGGCUGGGGGCACAGGGCUAGAAGACAGCUGUGGGCCUGCAUGCCCUAUAAGAAAGACACCCCCCUUGCUCAUCUGGACAGCCUAAAAGGAGCCCUUACUGUUUAUAGUAAAAAUAUUUCUGCCACAAA